AUGCAGCCUUGCUUGCCAAAUGGCUUUGGAGGUAUCCGAAGUAGCGUGACUCUAUAUGGCGUAAGAUUUUGGAUAGGGUUCGUCUGUCCCAAUAUCGCGGUGAUAGCAGAAGAUUUUUCCCCCACUUCCCAGAUUUGGAAGUCUGAGGCCCCUCCUAAAGUCAAAUCUCAUGUGUGGUUGCUAGCUCUCGGAAGCUCAAUACCUUGGAAGCUUUUCAGGGAGAUUGAUGCUGGCUGGGUUAUUCCUAAAGGCUGUAAUGAGUUUGAGGCUCUAGUUAAGGGGAAGAAAGCCAAAACUCUAGGAGAUCUCUAG